AUGACUUCAAUGUUAUUCCCCCCAUUAGAGCCUCACUGUAUCCCAGAAUCAGACCUUCUUGUAGCGGCCUCGAGAGUAUUCCACACCUGCAUUCCCAACCACCAGAGCCUGGCAUCAACAAUCCUAGGACUCGUCUCUAUCGGGUCAUGGCUCUUUGCGCAGGUCCCACAAAUUAUUAAGAACACCCAACGGCAAUCGGUAGAUGGCUUAUCAUGGGGUUUCCUAAUGCUGUGGUUGCUUGGUGAUAUUUGCAACCUAACAGGAGCGGUAAUGCUCGACCAGAUGUGGUUCCAACAGAUUAUCGCAGCAUACUAUGUAUUCGUAGACACCGUCCUCGUAACACAGUUCCUCUGGUACGGCGUUGUCUACCGGGUCAAGGAGCUAGAGAAGAGAUUAGAAGGCGUUACUAUAGGCGGAAACAGCAACUCGGACGAUGAGGGCGACAGUAUCGCCUCAGAUAGCAACGCAGACUUGAAGCAGAAACGUGCAGAUGAGGGCGCGGCGGUGGCGAGGAGUAAGAUGCCGAGCGUUGCGCAUACAACCUUUGUUACUGUUUCACUGCUGGGUACGCUUGCGGGGGCGCUCCCGGUUAAUGGGGGUGUGCCGGCGAUGCCAACCCUGGGAGACGUGAGCGGAGGGUGGCUGAGCGAUGAGUUGAUAGAGGCAAUUGGAAUGACUGUAGGUUGGAUUAGUACUCUACUAUAUCUCUGCUCCCGCCUCCCCCAGCUCAUCCUGAACGCCAAGCGAAAGUCGACUGAAGGACUCUCAAUCGCACUCUUCAUGGCCGCGUUUUCCGGGAAUUUGUUUUAUUCCGGGAGUCUUCUCUUGAACCCCCUGGGAUGGCGCGAUUACGAGCCUUAUGGCGGUGGUGGAGUCGCUGGACCCGAGGGAAGCAAUGCAAUGGAGUGGUGGAGCCGGACGCUGCCAUUCUUUUUUGGCGCUUUUGGCGUGUUGACUAUGGAUGCGGCUGUGGGGCUGCAGUUUAGGUUGUGGGGGCCGGGGAGCGAGAAGGCGCAGAUUGAAGAGGAGGAGAGGGAGGGAUUGUUGACGGCGAGAGAGGCUGGGUAUGGGUCAUUAGAGUCUUCAUAG